GCCACUGGCAGAGAUAAACCCCACAGCUCCAGCCUCCAGGACUCCCAGUCUCAGCUGCUGCAAGGGGAAUGCAUCCAGGAAAAGUGAUGUCCUGAAAUUACAGCGCUGGCAUUUCCAAGGAACUCAGCAAGUGUCUCCCUGACUUCCCAGCUGCUGCCAGAAGGAACCCCUAGGUCUGUUCUAUGGAGGGCAGCAGCAAUAUGGGUUGGUGGUGCACGGUAUGCUGUGUUUGCACAAAUCUGAGUUGAGUGAGCUGGAACAUGUGACCCGGAGCUGCUCCACUCACCCCCUAAGUGCUUGCCCAUCUCAUGCAUGCCAUGUAUAUAUAGGCAUACUCCAUGGCUGACUUAUACCCUUAUUAUACCCUGUGAGGAGCCCGGAGGAGAAGCCAGCUGCAGGGGCUGCACACAGUGAGGCAGCACCCAGUACACCCAGGUGGAAACCAGUACAGCAAAUGAUGGGGUUACUGGGAUGCUAUGUAACCAUCGCCUUCUUCACGUGGGGCACUGCCAGGGCGCAGGGAGAGUACUGCCACGGAUGGGUGGACGCUGCUGGCAAUUACCAGCCGGGAUUCCAGUGCCCGGAGGAUUUUGACACCGUGGACGCCACUAUCUGUUGCGGCUCCUGCUCAUUGCGCUACUGCUGCGCUGCGUCUGACGCAAGGCUGGAGCAAGGAGGAUGCACCAAUGACCGGGAGCUUGAGAGCACCGGCGUCACUGCCCAACCUGUGUAUGUUCCAUUCCUCGUUGUUGGGUCCAUAUUUGUCGCCUUUAUCAUCGUUGGCUCUCUGGUAGCCGUCUACUGUUGCACAUGUCUGAGGCCGAAACAGACAUCUCAACAGCCAAUGAGGUUCACAUUGCGCAGUUAUCCUCCAGAAACUCUCCCUAUUAUCUUGACCAGUACUAACCUUCGAACUCCAUCAAGACAGUCCAGCACUGCCACCAGCUCCACAUCAACAGGGAGUUCAGUACGCAGACUCUCCUCCUCCAGAGCAGACCCCGGUUGUCUUGUGACCUCACCUCCACCUCCUUACUCUUCAGCACACGCCAUCCAUCUGAACCCAUCCUCUGCAUUCUUGGUCUCCACACAGUACUUCUCAUAUCCACUCCAACCAGAUGGAAACUCAAAUAAGGGCUGUACUGACUUCCGACAAUAGGAGCCUGGAUGACUUUCCUCUUUGUCAAAUAAAUUGCUGUGGACUCCAGCAUGGAUAAUGUGUAUGUAAAGACUUGAGACAGAAAGAAACAUCCAGAGCCGCCUUUUACAUAACAUUGUAAAGCACUUUGGAAAGGACAAGCAGUUCUGUGCAAUAUGUAUUUAGCAGAGAUGACAAUAAUGUGUGAUAGAUGAUUGACAUAUAGACAUUAAUGUUGGUGCUGGUGAUUAGCUGCUGCUGCGGAUACACUGGCCAGCAGUCAUGCUUCUGUGACAAAAAAAAUAAACGCACUACAAGUACUAUAUCA